CACCUCCCCACCCACCUCUCUACAAACCUUUCUCCUUACUCUUUUCUUUCUCCAAAGUCCAAUGCCAGAUAUAGACUAAACAAAGUUGUUGUUAGAACAGUUAACUUCUUCCUUAAUAUCCUAAGCAAAAUCAAAACAAGAAAACCACACUUCAUCCACCAAAUAUACUUUGAAAAGACAGUCCCCACUUCACCAAUAUUCUUUCCUAUACUUCACCCAUAAAUGUAUAUGUAUCUCUCUUCUUUUCUAUUCCUCUCAACAUCUUCAAAUUCCUCACAAAAUGAUUCACAGAAAAAAUACUCAUCAUUUCACUACUUCCAUAGUUGUUUUUACUGUUUUUGUCAUUGGAAUCAUUUUUUACAAUGACUUGACACAAUUCCCAUUUUCUCAAAAAAUCUUUCCAAGUUUUAUUAAUGAUGGAGAGACCUUUGAAGAUAUUGAAUUGCCACCAGAAAGCUGUGAUGUUUUUGAUGGGAGUUGGGUUUUUGAUGAGUUAACUCACCCUUUAUACAAAGAAAAUGAGUGUGAGUUUUUGACACAACAAGUUACUUGUAUGAAAAAUGGUAGACAAGAUUCUAUGUAUCAAAAGUGGAGGUGGCAACCUAAAGAUUGUAAUUUACCAAAGUUUAGCGCAAAAUAUCUAGUGGAGAAACUAAAGAACAAAAGGCUAAUGUUUGUCGGAGAUUCAUUAAAUAGAAAUCAAUGGGAAUCAAUGGUGUGUCUGGUUCAAUCUGCUGUAACAUCAGGAAGAAAAAGCAUGACCAAAACCGGGUCUCUUUCCAUUUUCAGACUCGAGGAUUAUAAUGCCACAGUUGAGUUUUAUUGGGCUCCUUUUAUAGUAGAAUCAAAUUCUGAUGACCCAGAAAUGCACAGCAUAUUAGAUAGAAUUAUCAUGCCCGAGUCAAUUAAUGGGCAUGGUCAACAUUGGAAAAACGUUGACUAUUUGGUCUUUAACACAUACAUUUGGUGGAUGAACACCAUGAAAAUGAAAGUUCUACGAGGAUCGUUUAAUGAAGAAGCAACAGAAUAUGAUGAGGUCGAUAGGCCUGAGGCAUAUGGGAGAGUACUUAAGACGUGGAGCGAGUGGGUUGAUCAAAAUAUAAACCCUAAUAGAACCAUGGUCUUUUUCAAUAGCAUGUCUCCUCUCCAUAUCAAAAGCUUGGACUGGAACAACCCUAACGGCAUCAAAUGUGCCAAAGAAACAAGUCCGAUCCUGAAUAUGUCCAUGCCACUAAACGUGGGCACAGACCGACGACUCUUUACAGUUGCAACCAAUGUGAUGAAAACAAUGCAAUUUCCAGUUCAUUUUCUCAACAUAACCACUCUUUCAGAGUACCGAAAAGAUGCACACACCUCAAUCUACACCAUUCGUCAAGGCAAAUUGUUAACUGAUGAGCAAAUGGCAGAUCCUGCUAUAUAUGCAGAUUGUAUACAUUGGUGCUUACCAGGAUUACCCGACACGUGGAAUGAAUUUCUGUAUGCACAUAUCAUUUCUAGGUCUUGACCCAUAAUGAAGGUUCUACAUUUUGCUUUUUUUUUUCACUUGUAACUUGAAGGGGGAACUCCUUUUUGUAUAUGUUUGGAAGGUGUUGAUUUUGUUUAAAGGGGCAAAAAGUUGUUGAUAGGGAAAUACAUUUUGGAGGUGGUGUAACAUGAAUAUGUUCAAAGUGGAAAGAUACAAAAGAAAGAAAGAAACUUAGGGGGUA